UUUCCCAGAAGACACGCUACAGGCAGCCCUUUGCCCCUUAAUGCUGGGUAAUAGCGGAGAGAAGAGGCGCACCGGUCCGUUGACCAGCAUAGGGGCUUAGCCAAUUCCCAGUUAUAUAGCAGUUCAGGUUUGUUCACGUCUCCAUGAUUGUUCAUAUCGUAAUUGUCCCUGUCAACUGGUUGUUGUCUGUGUUGACACGAGACCAUGUUAAUCCCACCACUUGAUGUCCUGGCCAGCUGGCCCAAGGCGAACUAUACUGAUCCUGUGACAAGGAGUCAAGCUGGUGUCGUCGUGGAAAUCAUAUUUUGUUUCUUGGCAACAGCUAUCUUGGCCAUCCGUGUCUACACUCGAACAUAUCUGUCAAAAGCAUUUGGCAUUGAUGAUAUCCUGAUACUGGCUGCUUAUGUUCCCGCUUUAAUAUUUGGCAUAUGUUGCCUUUACGGCGAGUUUCAUCUGGGCUGGGAUAGACACGCGUGGGACCUCACACACGCGACAAUCUCCAACAGUCUAAAGAUGGGCAUGACUGUAUAUGUCCUCUUCGAAGUGGCCACGACCGUUGUGAAGCUAUCCAUUCUGGCCACAACACUUCGGCUACUCGGAACUGCUGAUAAGACCAAGACCAAGGCAAUCAUAUAUUUAUCUGGUGCCUUCAUUAUAUUACAAGGCGCUGCGUUUGCCUUGGUCACAAUAUUUCAGUGCAGACCCGUCUCCGAUUACUGGACGUUGUCCUUCAAUCAUCAAAAUUGCGUCAACGAAACAGCUCACUUUCUGACUGGUGGUAUCCUAAACACCGUUACUGACUUUCUUGUGGUGAUCCUUCCCAUCCAGACGGUAAUGGGGUUGAAUAUACCGAGUAAGCAACUGUACAUCGUCAUCAGUCUGUUCUGUGCCGCAUUCAUGGCCUGCAUUGCUGGUGCCGUAAGGACGUACUACACAUAUCGCUUCACAACCUUUUACGAUCGUACUUGGGAGGCUUAUCCAGUAUGGAUCAGCAGUAGUGUAGAGCUUUAUACAGGCAUAAUAUGUGCCUCCGUUCCAGUCACCAAACGAUUUUUCUCUACCAGAGCUGACGGUUCAUCACGAAUAGCCGAGGCAAAUACGCAAAGUUUAUCUGCGUCUCCCCAUCGGCCAUCAUGGCCCAGCCUGCACAUAAAACAAUCGUUCCGUGACUUAAAAUCCGGCUUAUAUCGUGACGGAUAUGUGGGGGAUAACCCGUCACUCGCCUACCGCCUCGGCGCUCUCAAAUCUCCUUGGUAUGGUGAGAGGCAGCAACUCGGGGAGAAACUGAGUCGAUGGACCAACAUUUUGCUGCCCGCCAGAAAUGCAAUAUCACGGGGCACAUGUGUGCCUCGGGAAAACAACUCAAGACAGCAGCUACGGCCUCAAGAGGAAACUUUGGCACCUCGAGAGGCCGUGGCUGUCGAUCUGCCGGAUUACCCCAGGGCGUCGCUGCCGUCGGGCUUUUAUUAUGGCCAUACAGUCUCGGAGCAGAAGAGUGCAAAAUAUCCAAGAACGAGUGGGUGAACAUAUCAAUGGCAGAAGGAUGAACUUUGAUAUUUUAUGACGAAAUAUGAUGUGUACAGGAGUUGGCAAAGUGUAUUUGUUUUGAGUGGCCGGUCCACUUUGAAGCGGCCGUGCCCUGAGGACGCUCCUACAAACGAGAUAUGAAUCCUGCAAGGGCUACGAGUCCAUGUGCUCAGGAUUAUAUGAACUGCGAUCCUGGCCAUGUUCAUUGCUUGCC